AUGGCACGACCAUGUUUAAAAACGUAUUAUCCUUCAUAUAAGGAUAAGGAUUCUGCUAUUGGUUUCGGCUACGAUUAUUCAUCAUCAAAUGAACUUAACUCGUCACGAUUGACAUUAAAUAGAACAUUUGAAAAGCCUCAAUCAAAAACCAUACUGUUUCCUAUUCCCGGAGUAACCAUAAGAAAACGAACGCAUACUAAACCUUUAAUACGAUUUCCAUGGGAUGGAAAGGUUGAACGUAUUCGUCCGGCAACAAUGAAAAAUAGUGAAAAUGGUGAUUAUAUUCUUUGUGACACAGAUCGUGGAGCAUACGUUGCAUAUCGCACGCCAUUAGUUCCUGAAUGGGUUAAAGAACUUGUUAAUCAAAUUGAGGCAGAACAAAGAUAA